GUUUGGAUCAUUUGCUAGACUUCAACUGGAUCAUCUGGACAAAGGGAUACUGAGAUGGAUAGUAGAAAGAUACGAUCCAUAUAACAAUUGUCUCAACAUACGCCAUCAUUGUUAUUCAUUGGAUGAUAAAGAUAUUGAAAAUGCUUUCGGUGUACCUGCCACUGGUCAAACCAUUCUAUUGGACAACUUAUGCUCGGAUGGGUUGCAAAAAUAUGGAAACUUAUUCACACUUAUCGAUGGACGAGUAGACAUGAAAAGUUUAGUUGAAAGCCUUAAAGCAUGUGAUAAUACGGGUGAUGAAUUUAAGGUUAUGUAUAUGGCCUUGUUGUUUGGCACAGUAUUAUUUCCCAGUUGCCGUCAAAACUUACCGAUACAUUAUUUGAAUCCUUUGGUGGCGAUAAACAACAUUAAAGAACUUAAUUGGGCGAGCCUCAUUUUGGAAGUUCUAAGUGAUGGAAUUAGACAAUGGACAAAAAAAGAACAAACAUAUAUAUGUGGAUCUUUAUUAUUUCUUCAGGUCUUCUUUUUUGCGACUAUACGACCAAAAAUUUCACAGUGUACCAUCAACUUAACAUCCGAACGACCUUUCUUGGAAUUUGUAACGAGGCAAAGGGUCAGUUCUUUGAUGUCUGAUAUAUCAAAAAGUGGAGGAUAUUGGAGUGAGAAUGUAAUUACUCAAUAUAUGUUGUUCGAGUAUCUAUAAUUCUCAAACUCAGUUUAUAAUUCAAUUGUAAUCCAUUUUUCAGGCAUGCACCUUCGUUUUCAAGGAAAGUCCCACGCGUAGUCAGAGAAAUACUUUGUUUAAUGACGUGCAGCAUACAGGUAAAACAAAAGUUGAAACAAAUGUUAAAACAGAAGUCAAAACAAAAGUUAAAACAGAAGUGGGGGUUGCUGAAGUUGCUAGUGAACAUAGGGAUAGAGAUUUUCCGAGUGAUCUACAAAAGUUUAUGAGCAAACAAAAUGAGGAUAGGAGUACUGAGGGUUUCAAAGAGGAUGUGAUUAACCAUUCGCACGACACACGUCAAAGAGAGAAAGUGCAUGAUAACUUUCACACAGGAACCAAAUUAUCGUUAUUAAGUGCACAAGUAACGGGGCAUGAUAAACGAAUAACUGGUAGCGAGAAUCAAAUAGCUCAAUUAAUCAGUAUUAUGGAUAAUUUCUCGAACCGACUUGCAAGCGUAGACCAAGGUGGAUAUCAAACAGUCAACCAGGAAUUAGGAAAUAAGAUUGUCGCUAUGCUUCAGAAUUUAGAGGCCACUCUUCCGCAACUAAUACGAGAUGCAUUGGACGAAGUCAUGUUUAAGACAAAUAAGCAACAAAAAUCAUUAAACGUCAAUAUCGAAAGUCCAAACAUGGUCGAAUCUGUUUUUGAAAUGACUAAAAACAAUACAAUCGACCUUACUUCAUAUGAUGCUGAACAACCAGUUGCAGCGAAACAAGAAGAAGCCCCAAUCAGCCCAGAAGAACAUGAAGAUGUCAUAAUUGACUACUUGUUUAAUCCAAACUUGGAUCAAAGAAUGUCGGUAAUAAAGUUUGAAGCAAUUGGAUGUAAUAGGAACGACCUAUUGUGCUUGAAGCCUGAGACAUUCUUAAACGGGACUGUGAUAGAUUGUGUGGCACAUAUGCUCACACAAAAGGCCAAAGAAAAUUUCGCGGAGAAUAAGUUGUUCCUGCCAGCACAAUUUGCUCAACUUUGCUUGGCCGGAAAAACAAUAAUUAAUGACGACAAGAUCAUACCGUUCCUGCGAUAUUUGACAAAUGAAGUGGAGGAUGAUUGUCAGAUAUAUUUGCCAAUUAAUGAUCACAAGGGGCAUUGGUUCCUUGGUAUUGUCGAUUUAGAGAUGAAACAUGUCCUUAUUUGUGAUACACUUCUAUCAGAUGCAACAAAGGACUACAGAAGAAAUUUAUUGUAUGAAGUGAUUACUCGGAUGGAGUGUUUGUUCGAAAAAUUGAUGCCAUGCAAAUACCGUAUAAAGAGCAUACAAGAUAAAUUUGAAUGCGAUUACCCAACAUGGGUUCCUAAACAACCGAAUUUCUAUGAUUGCGGAGUGUAUGUUUGUAUGAUGAUGAUGUUUGAUAGAGGAAUACAACAACUAUCAGAGAGUCAAUCUGUUGUUGUCCGAGAACGAAUUGCCGUUGCUAUGUAUAAAUGGAAGAAUAAUAAAUUUGCUUGGCCGAGAUAAGAUGUGUUGUGCACAGUGACGAACAUACAAUGAUGUUUGGAUUAAAAUAGCUUGAUAACAAUAUUGGUGGUUUUCUUAUUAUGCUAGUAUUUAGUUGAUAUAUAAUAAUGUGGUUAUUGGUUGACACUGUCAUUGCUAUUACGGAGUAGGUUGCAACUUAUAAUUUUCGAACAAGUUAUAAGUUUUUUUUUCUGCAUUUCUUUUAGCUAUUGAUAGAUAAUUUUCAAACUAGAACUUAUAAUUGGGAAUAAUUUUCAUGCUAUUUUUUUUUUUUUUUUAUGUUUUGAUUUUUUUUCUUCUUCAAUACUAUUCUUUUCUUUCUUUCCCCAAUUGAGCAUGAUAGCUUGUAGUUGGUUUGUUAGCAUUCAACGGUCUACAAUGUGCAAUUAUGUUGAGUUUGUUUAGAGUCUUGAUUCAAUGAUCUGUUUCGUGAUGCAAUGAAUGUUUAAGAAUUAUGAUAUUUUGCGUGCUUAUUA